AUGUAUGUGUCGGGCGCAGUAGCUUCCCAUCGAUCCUCGCCGGCUGCCGAGCGAGAGAGAAUUCGGGAUUUGUCGAGGUAUUAUUGUACUUUCGGUAAACCAGCCGUAUCGCAGAAUGUGGACUCAGAGAAUGAUCAGCAAUCGAAUCCAGAAGAGUCCCGUGAAGAUACACAUUCACCGACCAGCUAUCUUGCCACCGAUAUCACGCUCACAGCACUGACACAGCUUGGCGUCCAUCGCUUUCGUUGCAAUCGGUCUUUUGUCUCGAUCAUCGAUGGAGAGCAUCAGCAUGUUAUCGCAGAAGCAACUGCAUCAGUUUCUUUACGGAACCGGAACCAGCAUCGGCCAAACGAUGGCCUCUUUCUAGGCGCCAGGACCCUGGAUCUGGCAUGGGGUGUUUGCCCCCAUGCCAUACGUCUUUUCACCGGACAAGAUCCUUCAUGCGAAAUAAUGACGAGCAAUAUAACAGCCAAUCGGACACGGAACAUAAUCCGCGAUUUUACCCUUGAAGAUUUCUACAAAGAUCGCUCGUACGUGCUUGAGUGGCCUUAUUUCCGUUUCUACGCCGAAGUGCCCUUAUAUAGCCCUUCUGGAUAUGUUCUAGGCUCAUACUGCGUGGUUGACGAUGAGCCACGGACUGACUUUGGUGAUGACGAGGUUGCUGCUCUUCAGGAGGUUGCGGAUGCUAUCGCGCAACAUCUUGAGAAUGUCCGGGUAGUCCAAUAUCAUGGCCGCGCAGAAAGUCUAGUUAUAGGUUUGACUAAUUUUGUCAAAGGUCAUGCAGAAUUUGACCCUAUCGAGGCCUCCAGCUCCGGCAGGCUUGAUUCGUCUAGGAAUAUGCGAGGUUACCAGGACCAGAAGUCGGCAGAUGGAGGGUGUGAUGCGAAGGAAUCGCUUGUUGCAUCUUUGGUUGGAGAAUCCCGUAGUGGCCACCGAGAAUCGAAUAAGUCAUACUCGACAACUCACAGUGAUGAACUAUCGCCAUUCUUUUCUUCUAAACAAGGCUCCGAGACCACCGGGUCUUCAUUUCUUGAUUUCGAAACGCCGGAAAAACCGGCUUCAUUAAAGCCCAGUGUGGAGGUACUGCCUGACAACGUUUCAGGGACACAAGAUCCCACCAAUAGUGAUGACUCUCUGGAUAAUUCCUCGCAUUUGUCUCUGAUGGACUCUGUUCCGAUUUCUGAACGAAUCGUUACGAUAUUCUCCCGCGCCAGCGUCUUGCUUAGAGACACUAUGGAUCUAGACGGUGUGGCCUUUUUUGAUGCAUAUCGAAAUGACACUUUACUCAUGUUGCCCGAAGAUUCUGAAGGCUGGGAGCCCUUGCCGAAAACUGCAGACCCAGGAUUCUCCACUGCUCCAUGCUCUAAGCCUCUUGGUCUGUCAGAUGCAUCUUCAAAGGAGACAGAAAGCGCCUGUGACAUUCUAGGUUGUGCACUAAAAACAUCGUCCGAGAAUACCAAUUUGAACCCUCAACCCGAAAUAACGCAGGAAUUGCUGCAUACACUAGUCACAACCUUUCCAAUGGGGCAUAUAUUCUAUUUAGACGAUAUGGCAGGAGCUAAUAACAAUUCGAUAAACGCAAAGGGAAGUACAAGUGGUUCUCGAACCGAGUCGAAAACCAUUCACGACAUAUCCAAGCGCCUGGCCCGUCAUCUUCCUGAAGCAAACACUGUGCUUUUUUUCCCCUUGUGGGACUGGAAUAAAUCACGGUGGUUAUCAGGGACAUUAGUCUGGGUACGAGGCAAGCAUCGUCCCCUAGGCAUUGAAGAAUUGCACUACUUUAAGGUGUUUGGAGAUUCUAUCAUUUCCGAGGUCUCCCGGAUACACUGGACAGCCACCGAGAAGUCUAAAUUCGAUUUCACUUCCUCGGUCAGCCAUGAGCUCCGCUCCCCGCUGCAUGGUAUACUAGCGAGUGUGGAAUUGUUGCAGAAAACUCCUCUUCAGCCUGCGCAGCGCGACAUGAUUACGAUGAUAAAUACAUCCGGAAUGGCCUUACUGGACACGACAGACCAUCUGCUGGAUUUCUGCAAAACCAACAGCUUGGCGACUGCAAAGGAGUUGAGCAGGGCCCAGUCUCAUGGUGAAGCAGCAAACCUAAUAUCCGAAUUUAACCUAGAUACCCUAAUCGAAGAAGUCGCAGGGAUUUUAUACAAUAGCCACAAUGCCCCCAAGCCAGUUGGCUUUCUUGAAAGUGGACCAGAUCUCAGAACAACUAAUGCUAGCCAAGUCCCCAAGGGUAGUGACCGACCAUCGGUAGUCAUACGCGUUGAACAAUCCCAUUCCUGGGCUAUUCGAUCUGUCAAUAGCGCAUGGAGAAGAAUAGUGAUGAACGUGCUCGGCAACUCUCUGAAAUGGACCAAGGCCGGAUUUAUCGAGGUAUCAUUAUCAGAGACGAGAGACCAGAUUAACCCCAAUUCGGCACUUGUCAAUUUAUCUAUCACGGAUACAGGCCGUGGAAUUGCGCCUGAUUUUCUCAAGCACGAAAUUUUUUCUCCAUUUUCUCAGGAGGAUUCGCUGUCUGAAGGCGUGGGGCUGGGCCUUAGCAUCGUGCGCAAACUUGUGACAUCUCUUGGUGGUUGCAUCAAUGUGAGGAGCGAACUGGGUAUUGGCACGCAGGUCGAUGUCUACGCCCGCGUUCAGCAUGUUGAGAAGUUCGAAUCGUCCGUACCUCCCUCCAUAACAGGGAAGGGCUCACUUCGGGUAUGUUUGAUUGAUUUCAACGGAUAUCCCGAUGUGAAGGACACCCCCACCGGAAUCCUGCCAGCCGAAGCCAAACGAAAGCUCUCCAUCCAGAGUACCUUUUCUGUUAUAUUAAAGACACAACUAGGAUGGCGUGUCUCGUUGGCACAGUCCCUCGAGACAGGACAUGGCGAUGUUGCGGUCAUCGAAGAGACGAAGUUUAAGACCAUAGACGGCCAGUCGGUGCGUGACUUAUGUUUGAGGAACGGUUUCAAAUUCUUCAUUGUCCUCACUGGACCGACGCCCUGCCAGACAGGCCGUCUUCCCCCGAAUACUAUCCACUUAUCGCAACCAUAUGGCCCCCAAAAGAUUUGUGAUGCAGCCCAAAGGAUAUUGGAGCUUUAUAAGACACAGUCCGAACACGAUAUUCGUGAUUCUGCGCCGGUUCCCGUUCCGUCCGUCUGCUCUCAACAGCCCCCGACAGACAUUGGUCCGCAGGCUGUUCCGGACCCCUCAAAAAGACUGCCAGAGAUUUCAACUGAAGUGACAUAUCCACUUUCGCAACCCGAUGGCUUGCAAUCCCAACCACAAAAGCAGAAAGAAAUUCGUGUUCUCGUCGUGGAUGACAAUGACAUUAAUCUAAAAAUCAUGACCAUGUUCAUGCGCAAGAUCGGCUGUCACUACGAUGCAGCUUCCAACGGGCUGAUCGCCCUGGAAAAGUACAAGCAAUCGGAAAUAGCAUACAACUUCGUCCUAAUGGAUAUAUCAAUGCCUGUAAUGGACGGCAUAGUCGCCACUAGCGAAAUCCGCCGUCACGAAAAGGCCAACAGUCUUAAGCGCUCCUGCAUUAUGGCUGUCACGGGUGUUGCUUCUGCUUCCAUGCGCUCGGAGGCCCUGAAAGCAGGCGUAAACAACUAUUUGGUGAAGCCACUUUCCCUUGCUGGGCUUAAGGAACUUAUGGAUAUACGAUGA